AUGGGCAACUGGACAUGGAUAUUUUCAAACUUUGGGAAUCGUAAGGUGAGAUUUUUUUUUUUUUUAAGUGAAGUUCAUUUUAAAGAGGUCGACGAGUAGUUUGGUGGACGCUUGGUUAAGCUGCUGUGCUCCACAUCUCGACCACGGACAAGUUUAGACCAAUAAAAUCCUAUUUGUUCUUAGUGGUGUCCUUUUAGAUCGAAUAGCGUCCUUAGAGUUCUGCAAUAUUAGAAGGGUAACCACUCAACAAACAGGGCGCCAAGGCUAACAUUGCAGAUCAAGAUGUCAUCUAAUGAGAGUAGCAACAAUCACAUCGUGUGAAAACGGUGUAAAGGUAAAAAAGGUCAAUUAUGUACUCGAACCUAGUGCCCACCCAGCCGGAGCUUAUCUUGGUUUUCAUGUAGCAUGAAGCGACUAAGGGUAUUACUACUCCCCCUUGGAUGACAGGCUAGUCUAUAGCAAGGCUACCCCCCAGCAUUUCAUCCGGCCUCUCUGACGAUUCGCCGGUACCCAUUUAUACUCCUGGGUGAAGAGAGGCAUUGUGAGAGUAGAGUGCUCAACACAACACAACACAUUGACCCGGCCAGGUCUUGAACCCAGACCUCUCGACCCGGAGUCCAGUGCACUAACUAUUAUGUUUGAUGUUUGAAAUAUUAAGUUAAAUCGAUAAUCUUGGUUGUAUCAGGAGGAACUCGUAUGGUUUGUGACAAAACCACUCAAGAUUAUCCUAAAGCUAACGUGGGUUUCUUCCUAUGAAUUCACCGCAAUCGAAUAUUUUUUAUACUGAUAUACUUAUUUACCCUCACCGGCUUUUGACAGAUCAAUACAUUUUGACGAUUGGCCAGUUCGAACAAGUGGCAACCUGAAAUUAAUGCAACUGAGUAUGUGACAGUCCUCAGCGGUCAAUCGUUUUUCAUUUCGUUACAAAGUAUGGAGUUACAAAUAGCUUGAAAAUGACAUAGGAGUACUGUGUGAGGCGAAUACGUCAAUUUUUCCCUAAGCCGCUUAAGUAUGCCAAAGAAAGACAACGCCACAACCACGGGAAUAGUGGCUGGGUUCUUUCGCAAACGGGAUUACGAGAAGUUCAGGAGACGGUGCCUACGGUGUACGAUCCAUCUGAGCGCUUACAGCUAGUAUCACAAACAUAGCUUUUUGUCCUUAGAUUUUUUAAGGUUCUACCCUCCAUACAAAUUCCCUAUCUCUUUUUUGUGCCCCAGAGCUCUCUAAAUUUAACAAAACAGCUGGUGAUGAUUUGAGCUAAUAAGACCCGAUUGAGUGAGAAUUCAAUUUUUUUAACAGAAUGUUAAAAUCGAACGGGAAUUUUGUUCAUUUCCUCCAUUCUUAUACACCAACAAUAACUUCAUAAGUUUUCUUAAAACAGGAAGACCUCCUCGACAGUGACUCUGGUGAUAUACCAGAUUACAUGCAAGGACUGCUCGGCAUCAGACCGACCGUGGGUAAAGGUGCCCGCUUUGAAAAGUUCAAAAAUGCAUGGCAGCAGUUGAUCCCGGGAAAAGAAAUAUCGGUAAAUUCUUAACUUCCUUUAAUACUCUAAAAACUUGCCACCUUUCAAACGGCAGUGAAUAAGUUCUGGUUUAGCUUUCGUUUUUUCUUUUCUUUUUUUUUCUUCAUUCAGAAAAUUCUGAAAUCAAAUGAAUAUCUCACUGCUGAGCUGGCUUGUUUCAGCUUGCUUGUGCCCAAAAAUGUAUGCGCUUUUAAUUUAGUAUUACUAUGGUGGUCAUUUUUUUGUCUUUUUCAGGUAUCUGUUGGUCGAGUUUAUGACUCUGUGUUAGUGGCCUCAGAGGGAAUCAAGAGAGCCCUCCGAAAUGGAGUAGCUUUACCGAGCAAUCAAACUUACCGGGGAUUUUGCAGCAGCUCGGACAAGCAGGAAGAAAACACCAGUGGAGAAGAACUAGCCAAAUAUUUGAACGAGGUAAAAGUGCCAACAACUUGUUUGUUAAAUAGAACACCUUACUUAAUUUGCAAAAAUCUGAAUUAACCAAACUGUGGAUCUAGAUGUCCUGGAAUAGGAAAUGUGAAGGUUUACUUUUUCUAGCGACCUUUGAAGAGGGAAUAAAGGUAUUUCUGGGAGACGAUUUAAAUCAUUUGCCACUAUGGUCCCUUAUCUAAUAUGUGCACAUGACUUAAAGAUGUGGUAAUUAGCAAAUCUGCAACUGAAAUUAAUUUCUCUUAUCUACGAUAAGAUGUUUUUUACACUGAUACUCUGUGGCUCAGUGGUAUAGCAUCGGAGCGCGGAAUGCGAAGGUCUGAGGUUCUAUUCCUCAUAGAGACUCAGAAUUUUUUCUUUGUCCCACGCUCGCGAGAGGGCGAAAAUCAUUUUUUUAAUUUUUUACCUAUUGGUAAUCUCGGGUAAGAUCUAAGAAUUCAGUGCAAAUUUUCACUGUGCUAUUCAUAGGUAGAGGUUGAAGGUGUCAUGGGUAAAAUCCAUGCCAAUGAUCCAGAUUACGCUGGUUCUGCUUACUUUGAUGUGCUAAAUCUAAGAAGCACCGGUGAAUAUAAAGUAAGUCCCGAGAUAAACAUUCGCAGUAUGUCGGUCUUUUUAGAAGGGCUUCUCCUUUAUCUGCCUGAGCUUCUGAAGCUCGAGGCAGCAAUACUAAGGCAACUAAGGAAUCCUAUUUGUUUCGUUUUAUUUUUUAAUGUUUUUUGUAAACUUUUUCUUAAUUGUGCUUUUAUUCCUUAUGCUUGUUCAGUUUUACCGAAAAGUGAUUAACACUGCUCCGAACUCACCUGCUAUAGCAGCGUAAAAGUUAAAAUUAAUUCAGGAUGAGCACAUAAUUAUUGGCGAGAACUUGAAAGAGGAAGAUAAGUCACUACAGGACUUUAAAAAGGCUGACGCCGCGAGCCUCAGCAAUUGGGUUUCGAUUAACCCGAGUCUGGUUUAUGUCUCGGAUGAGUAAUUUCUUGAUUUUGAUGAGUAUGUGAUUUGUCGUGCCGCUCCGAUAUUUUACCUUUUUGCUAUUCAAAUUCGUGGACAAGAUAUGUUGAAAAAACAACAACAACAAAAUAACUAUUCUGCAGUUGGCCUGUUAGCUCAAUAGAGUACUACACCAAAAUCGCACCACAGGCCCGAUCAUGAUUUUAAUUUCAGGCUUUAUUUUCACUUCUGUUUAAGUGGUGAUCACUAUUGGGAAGAUCGUUCUCAUCUUCAUCUUCAAACUUCAUUUUUUUGACAGGUCGGGGAGUGGAAUACGACUGGGUUACAUAUGUUUGAAAACGAAAAACCAAUCUGGCCUUCAAACAGCUCAGACAUACCAUUGGACAUUCCAAAUAUCUUGAAGGGAAAGACUCUAAGGAUCGCUACCAUUUUGGUAAGUAGUUUAUCAAAAAGUGCUAGAGCUGAGUGCAAAAUUGUCCAGAUCAGCAUUAAUUUAACUCAGCAUUUCUUAUUUGGUGUAAGGGAGUUUUGAAGCAUUUUUGAUAUAUUGUUUCCAUUUGUGGUACUCUACAUUAAGAUUAUGCCCAACCAUGUUAGCCUUAAGAUGUUUCCAUACCAAAGAAAUCGAUUCUUAGUUUAACGUUCAAUCCGGUAUGUAUGAGUAAUAAAGUGAUUUCGAGUGCAAUUUGGUGUUAAUAAGCAGGAGUAAAUUUUUCGAAGACGACAAAAUUGCACGAGAAAUCAUAUUGUUUAUUUUUUAGACUUUCCGUGAAAAAAGCAUCAUAGAAAGUCAAGACACGAAAUUUUGACAGCGCUGUGAAAUUUGUACUCGUAUCACAUGAAUGACCAACAAAGCUAAUCAAAAGAUUUCCAAUAGGCUCCACCGUUUGUGAUGUUGAAAAAUGGUGCCGAAUCGUCCUCGUACGAAACCAAGGACUUUGAAGGUCUGAGUAUUGAUAUUUUGGAGGAGAUAAGCAAAAGACUGGAGUUCAACUAUGAGAUAUAUCAAGCUCCUGAUGGAAAAUUUGGAGUGAAAAACAGACUCACUAGAGAGUGGAAUGGUAUCGUCAAGGAAAUCAGGGACAAGGUUCUAUCUUUUCUUCAUUAUUAUCAAUAAAAAUAAUGUAGCUCCCAAUGGGUUUCGCUUUUUCAGAAUUUUACACAAGUCUAUGAAGUUUUGCUGUUCUGGGGCCGGUGUCAGGACUAGUGCAAAUGGCGUAUUCACAGCGGCAUCAACGAUAUUAUAAAAUUAAUUUUAUCAACAGCAUGUUCAACGAUUUCUCCUUUACUUAUUGAGUGUUUAUAAUUGUACGUGAUUAACCAUUUGAGCAAACUUUAUUUGGAAGGGAUCCACAUAUUUUUGUUAUUGCUUACUAGUACAAUGCAUAAUCCGUUCUUGUUUAUAUGUAAGUAUUUCAAGCAAGUGACGUUUCAGCACGGCAACAAAAGCUUUGUUCCUAGUUCCAAUAGGUUCCCUGGUGUAAUAUGUACUAAUUGUUGCUGUGAAGGUUAUUUACCUCUUUCACGAGCCAUGCUUCCGAAUAGACUAACUAAACAGGUCUUGCACAAAGGUGUUAAGGUUCAAACUUAUCAAAUAUUACCGGAAAAGAGGGAGGAGCACAUGAAACUUUAAUCAAUGACUAUCCCUUAACUCCUUUUAUCAGCCAUCUUCACUAAGUUGAAAGCAAAUUACGCGCGAAUUCAGUACAAAUAUUACGGGAAUAUUGAACGGUUAUUUGGACAUUUGGUCAUUUUGUACUGUGAAAAAAUCUGUUUGACAGGUUGGCCAGGAUUACGCAGGUCAUGUCAAGGGAGAAAAAAAUGUACGACAUUUUAAAGUACCGAUGACACGAAAUUUUUUUGCAUUUUCUGGUUGAUUGCCUUAUUUUAAAAUUAGGAAUAAUCGACUUUAGCGCCUAGCGAGUUAUACUUGACCAUUUUUUUGUGCAAUGAAAGUACGAUUUGGCGGCCAAAAAGUGUCCCCAUUAAGCGCGCCGCCAAAACGGUUAUGUUACAUAGCUGUGACGUAGAAAACUGUGAAGACACGUCGGCAACUAUGGUGGAGAAAGGAGAAAUCUAGAAGAAAGGACGAACAUGUUACGCGGCCGGAACGUCAAAUGAUGUUAGCUACAAGAAUAAUACACAUAAACCGGGUAUUUCUAUAUACUACUUUCCAAAGGAUGUAGCUGUAUCUCCUCGAUCGUCGACAUCGAGGAGAUUUUACUCUUCAAUGUCGUCGGCCAUAUGCUUAGUGUUGGCUUUGAAGACGCCUGUUACGAACACAUAUCACUAGUUAAACCAGAAGAAGAUAACCAAUGAAUUCAGCUGAAAAGAAUGCUGAUUAAGGGGUCUGUUCCCACACCGUACACGAUUGGUCAACAUUCUUUUCGGCUGACAUUUCGCAAGCGAAGAAUGGUGAACUCCUUAUUGUUGUUUAUUUCACGCGCCUGAGAUUUCCUCGUACUCCUUGUCUUUCCACAUGACCACAUUUGCGCUUUUCUUAUCGAAUGAAAAUCCUACCAAUUGUAGUUUUCAUCGUAUUAUAAUAACAGAAAUACAUCAAUUGUAAUGAAGUUCAAGCCCUUUCCUGAGGUGACUGAUGUCCUGUUGCGUGAACAGCGCAGAACCUCUGGCAGAUACUGGCAUAAACACAAGCUCGAAGGAGCCGUGUAUUCUCCUAACUUAGGUUUCCGAAAAUCCAUCCCACGAGCCAUCAAUUUCCCCCUGCCCUCAAAAAACUAAAAGUAGCCACAGUGGCAAUGUCAUUGUGAUAACAGCACUACAACGAGAAAAAUAAAGAAACACAAAUUUUAUUGAAUUAGAUGAUAGCGAAUCCAAGUGCUGUGUGAAAGUCGAUGCGAACGAAAUAUUCACUUAUAAUACUUAUGUCAGUUAAUUGCCAUUGAGUGAAAUGGGUCUCAUGGCAAUGCUACACUUAAACUUAAGAAGUUUUUCUCUAUUAAAAUCCCUAUUUGACAUUAACUUGAAUCAGAUGACUAUAAACUCACUCGUUUUCCUUUCGGUUUGACCGGCUCGAUGAUCGCGACGAUCGCCUCUGCCUUUGCAAUCUCUAAAUAAAGGAGCAAGUGAAACUGCCCGAUGACUUCUCGGUGAAAAAUAUCGUGCCUCGUGAUACAGCCGAUUCUUUCGUCAAAAAUUAGCCUUUGGUUCUCUAAGGGAAUUUCUGUACAGCAACGAAACUCUGCACUGACUGAGGGGAACCUUCGCCGCACAUAGUGCGAAGGAAUAAAAAUGUUAUGGCUACAGAAACGAACACAGCCACCCAUUCUUAACAUAGAUUUCGCCAUAGAAAACAAAACACAAACGCAACAAAAUAAACAAACUAAACAUUCAGUAAUGUUCUAAUCUUGACCUAAACACCGCAGGCGAGAAACCGUCUUUGUCAGUCUUCGUCGAAAUCUUCGUUUGAUGCACUCGGUUCUCCUUCGUAGGGAUGAAACGUACUCGCAACUUCCAUUUCUUCUCACUUCUUGAAUUAUAUCACAACUCUUGGUAGAGCUUGCCGAAGGUAGGUAGACAUCGUUAUUGGACAUUAUUUCAAGAGUAUUUCAACGCCGACUGAUACAAAAUUACAAGAGAUGUGGGAAAUUUGUUGGUGUCAACUGAGAGUUUUCACAGUUUUCUACGUCAUCACCCGCUAAUUCGUUACCAGUCCACAAUACACUUUUAAGACAAAAUAAGAGCACUUUAAGGCCCGAAAAAACCGAGUUAAGUUUUUUAAAAUUUUUCUUCUUUCGGAAUUGGUUUGUACAUAUGAUAAGCUAAAUAUUUACGCAAAAAAAGAUUUCGUGUCGUAGGCACUUAAAGGUAGUUGGAUAAUGAAUGACUCUUUAGACGUUUUGGUGUAUAGUAUCGCCGAGUAUUUCUAUUCUUUUAGAAUAGUACCGUACUUUGACUUGCCUUGCGGGGUCGUCAAAGUAAGGGGUACAACCCGUGAAAAUACUCAGCGAUGCUACACACCAAAAUUUCUCAGGAGUUAUGUUUAUUUAACAGAAAGCCGAUAUGAGUAUUGCCCCAAUGACCAUCAGCUCUGAUCGUCAAACAGUGUUAGAUUUCACUCAACCUUACAUGACUUUUGGACUGGCCUUCAUGAUACGUGUCCAGGAGGUUAACGGGAACUACUUCAGAUUCCUGUUACCGUUCAGUAAAUAUUUGUGGGUGGCCAUAUGUGUGUUGGUGAUGGUGAUGGGGUUUUCUGUGUGGUUCUGUAACCUCUUCAGUCCACUUGGGUAUUACGGAAGAUGUACACAAGCUCAAUCUACAAAACAGGUAAACGAGAUCCCACUACUUAUUAUAGGAGAGUCUAGUUCGUUGUUCGUAUUGUUUUGAACUAUUUAGUUAGUUUAUAAUUAGUUAGUUAGCUCAGCAUGAUAUGAUUUUUCGUAUAUAUUUAGAUUGUAGUCACUGCAUUAAUUCAAAUUCCGAAAUUAUUUAGGUUUAAGCUGUCGUGACGAGUUACCGAAUUGUGACCGUCUUUUCUAACUGCCAAGUGGAUAUGCGUAGUUUUGUCUAAUGACCUUGCUUUGGACCCACACGAAAGUUAUUUUUUUGGCUAACGCAGUCAGAGGUUGAUUCAGUUGAUCGAAGGCAUUAUGAUUUAUGAUAAUGUCAUAGGACAUCGAUUAACACAGUCUCACACAGUUUUAAGCUCGUUAACUUACUGGGCUCGGGUACGAUCAUUAACAUCAAACAACAAGUAAAAAACAACGAAAAACCCCAAAGAUACGCUCAUACACUACAAACUAGCUAUAAACGUUAACUUGUAUGAGGGUGAUAAUCAAUGGAAAGAUUUCUUACACACGUUGCUUUGCCUCGUAAAGGUAAACAACGGACUUCCUUUUCGGUAACGAAAAUGACGACAUAAAUGCUCUCAAAUGACCUUCAACGUUUAAAUGGCAAACUCUUCUCGCGUUAUUGGUUGUUGACCUGUAUCGUUCUUAAUUCCAGCUAAAACCAGAAGUCCUUAAACAAGUUGACACUCUCAGCUUAAACAACUCUAUAUGGUCGUCGUGGAAGGCAUACGUCCGUCGUAGCGCUGAACAUCCAAGGUCAUGGUCUGGCAAGUUAACAGUGUCUGUCUUCUGGUUCGCUGUGAUGAUCAUCAAUGCUACCUACACAGCCAAUCUGGCCGCUUAUCUCACUGUAUCCCGGAUGCAAACUCCCAUUGAAACCAUUCUAGAUCUGUCGCGUCAAACCCGCAUUGAGUACGGAACACUUAAGGACUCACAGCUACAAACAUUUUUCCAAAAAACGGAUGUUCCCAGGUCAGUAAACAUCAAGAAAAAGUCUGGCUCGUUAAAGAAUGCGGAUCGGUCGGUUUUGCCGUGAUUAUCUGUAAGACUGAAUAAGCUCAUAAGCCGGGAGUGGUUAGCUUUGACCACCAAUCCUUCCAUCUUGUGGCCCGUUCUUAUCAAAACCAUAUAACCUUUGCCAAAAUCUAGGCCUAGAAUGGGUAUCUUAGACCUAAAUUUCAGGUUCUCGGCUUUUUACACCAAUGGUAUGUUAACUGUGUGGUACUGGUUUUCAGAGGCUCGAGUUUCGUCACUUUUUAAAAGAAGACUUACGUGGUUUUUGUGUUAUGGUUUUAGUUAUCUGGUGAUGGGACAGUUUAUGGAGCAGCGCAAAUUAUGGAUGCCUAGUUAUGAAGCUGCCAUCAACAGAACUUUGGAGGGUGACUUUGCAUUUAUCUCAGACAGACCAAUUUUAAAUUAUGUGGCACGACAAGACAAACAUUGUGGAAAAUUUAAGGUUACUGGCGGGUAAGACACUAAAAAUUCUUUGACUUGGACAACUGCUCAGACGAACCUUUAUUGAUUUAUUAGAGGAGUUCUCUCUCUUUUUCUUGUGUUUCUAUGAAUCUUCUUGUCUAUGCAAAAGCAACUCGUUUAAACCCUGUAAGUGUCAUUGUGCUUUCAGUCUAAACAACCGUGUUGAAUACAACAAUUUUUUAACCUUUUUUUUUUUACUUUUUAGCGAAAGAAAAGUUCAAAGCCUUGCUAUAGAGUUUUUUACCUGUAUCGCACUAAAUCACCUCUCUUCUGUAUUGUGUUACAUCAACUAAACAGCAUUUUUUUUUGUUAAUAAUGAAAAGUUCUUCCUGAUAUCCUAAAAAAUCGCCUCUAUUGAGAAAAGUUCGCAAACUAUGCAAUUAACGCUCUUAUAAGCAAGCGCUCUUCUAGCAGCGACUCUAAGCUUCUAUUUGAGGAAGUUGUUCGUCUUACAGGGAUGCUUGUCAAAGGACACUUGUUUGAUUUUCAACACACGCAGAUUUGUUACAUAAGUUCGUUCUCGGGGACGAGUUGUAUGACAGGUACUCAAUUGAAAAAUAUACAGUCCAAGUUGAGACAUGUGGCAUAACUCCAUUUCAGGUUUGGUAAUACAUAUGGUUAUGGUUUUGCUUUUGAGUUGACCUCGCCAUACACACCACUCUUUAAUAUGGAACUAUUUCGACUUCAAAAUGAAUUCGUCAUAAGCAGUCUGACUCAUAAGUGGACAAAGGAGAGGGUGAAUUGCGAACUGGUGGAUAACUUUGAAGAGCAGCAACAACUUGGUAAGAUAUGUUUCCAGUGACGAGAGCAAUAUAGGCUAUUCACCAGCUUCUUUGACUUUUAAAAGAUGAAUACACUCUAGUGACGAUUUAAAAAAGAUUCUACAAUUUUUACGUGGCGUGCCCCGUAUCGUUAUUCAAUAACUUGUUUUCUAAAAACUCACAUAUUAAGCUAGGAUCGUAUGCACAAAAUGAGAUCAAAGUGAGCGUUAAAAUCUCUUUCGUCGUGACAUGCCAUAAACCUGUUUUAUCUUUGUCUGAUCUCAGGAAGCACUGUCCAGAAGAUGUCCGUCCAAAACAUGCUGGGUGUGUUUAUCCUGUUGGCCAUCAGUGUUUUGGUUGGCUUCCUUAUCAUGAUCAUGGAGUGGAUUUACGCCUCGGCCAAAGAUGCCAGAAAGCGCAUUCAGGUGAGUUUAAAACGGCGUGUCAGGCAAUUUUUAGGCCACGCCCUCGUGAGAGGGUUGUAAAACAAAAUGUUCGAAUAAAACAUUGUGUGUACAUGGGUGAAAUCAUGUAAUGUUUACGUACUUCUGAUACAAAGGAGGCAAAUUCUCGUUUCUGUCUGAAUCAGUGAAAACUGCCUUCAUGUGUGAAGCUCAGUAAGAAGACGCCCAACGCGUCGUAAGACAUAAAAAGGAUAUACCAUGGCCGCGCGUGGAUACAAAUUUUAUCUUCGAGUGUUGAUGAUUUAGUAUCUAGAAUCGGACAUGUAAUUUUCUGUCUAUUAUGUGGAUGUUGAUCGCAUAUUUGAAUAGGAGACAAUAUUAAAACACCUUUUAAGAGCUUCGAAUGUAGAAAACACGUACACGUUAUCUCAGCCCGCAGAAAAUGGGAGUACCUCAGCUUCCGCCGUAAAGUUGCAAUAAAUGUUUUUCACUUAAAAAAAAUAAUCGUAAUUCAACCUUAGCAUCAUUCGUAAAUGUAAUAAAACCCUUACUGAAAAGUAAAACCACCAAACUGAAAGACCCGGUCACCAUGACAUCAUUGAUAUUUUCAGAUGAAGAGAUAUGAAUGGUACAUUCACAGAGGGCAGUGAAGAUGUUAUGUUUUUGAUGAAAAACCGGAGAAAUUCCGGUAUUUCUCAAUAUUUCAUCAAUAUAAGUUGACGUCAUUUAACACAAUCUUAAUAGACGAUAUUUCUAACACAUGCUUAGGCAAAAGGUCUUGUUUUGAAGGUAAAGUGAUGACGUUACAGUCUUUAUUGAAUUUUUUUUACCUCGUUUCCGUUGUUACUUAUUGGUUACAACAUACAUACUCUUUACAGGGACGCAAGACAUGCUGCCAAGCAUGCGGGACGAGACUGCUUCAAGCACUAAGGGACAUGUGCUGCUCUAAACAGAAAACCACUCUUGAUAAUAAAAAGACAGAUGACUGAAGAUGGACGUCAGGUUGAGUUUGAGCGGGAUCAGCAUUUUGCAUUCUGGCCGAUUAUUUCCCUUUCUCUAGAUCGCCUUACGAAGACGCCGUUUUCAGCUUUAAACGUAGAAUUGUUAGUGUCAAAUUUUUUCCAAUGGUCACCUCCUAACACGUUUGAAAAAUGUUGCACCAGGCUCAGGUACUUCCCGUUUCAAAUUGGUAGUUGAAAAUUGAUUCGACAUAGGAAUAAGGUGACUUGUCAAGGCGCAGAGAUGCACGCUUUGUUGUUCUGCUCCUAAGAAUAAAACUUCUUUUCUUUGUCUUGUAGUAUAUAAUUAAUGAUGGGGUAAUAGGUUCAAUAUAAUGUUUGGUAAGAGGAUUUCCGUUGCUCCUUCUAAAACUAUGAUUGAGAGACUGUAAAUUAGGAUUUGAUUCAUGCUUGGUCUAAACGCUUCAUUAAAAUUGACCAAACGCGAGUUCAAGAUAGCUACAUUGGCCGAUCUAGAGCGGGCAAGAUUAAUUCGGGUAGUCCAAUCAAAACACAGGAUUCACAUCAUCUUGAUCACAGGCGCUGCCAGCAAUAUGAUAAGAGAAUUACUCUUAUUUUCCGUUUCUGUGUUUUUAUGGAACUCAACCGCUUCUCGGUCCAAAAAAGAAAACGCAAAAACAAAUUCGACCAAUAUUCAGCCAUCUUGAUCUCACAAUCGGUCAAUAACGCUUAUGAAUGAUAUCUUACCAAUCAUAACCAUUACAAUUUCCUUAAAUGUGAUUGGUGCAUUAGCUGCUUCAUUUUUCACUGAUCAGUCUGUACAGUUGUAACUGCGCAGUGUAACCUGACAGUUGGCUGCAAUCGGACAGUUUAAGAAGCCAAUCAUACUAAGUCCACUCAGCUAAAUCCACCAAUCACAAAAUUGAUCCCAAUAACCAUAGCAACAACCACUUAUCUUAAAAAAAGAAACUUGGGGAAUUUACAAAAUGGAGGAAUUUUUAGUUAAGACAUUGUCUCUACCGGAGAUGUUUGUCCUAAAUGUAUUUGUUUUUAUCGGAAAUUGUAACGGUUGUGAUUUAUUAGUAUCAGAAUUUCGUGUCGUCCAAUUCUGUAUGUAAUCAUACUCGUGAUUGACAGGGCGGACUCUCGCUUCGCGUAAGUCCGAUUUAUUUAAUCACUCGUAUGAUUACAGACAGGAUUGGACUCCACUCGGUCUUACUACCACUACUUAUAGAUGUAUUGUUAUAAAAACAAAUGUUGAAUGUUUCAAGAUCAGUUGGCCAGCAUGCUCACGCAUGCCUACCUGUAGUUUCUACAUGAGCUGUGGUUUAGAGUUUAUCUAGUAGUCAGAGAGAGAUUGAUCGAACAGUGUUAGUCAGUCGAUCUGAGCUACCCAGAAUGAAGUGAAUUUGAUGUAAGUAGGAUUGUGGUAAAGGACCGAUAGAUUUAAGAAAAUGGAAAACAGUUUGAGAGUCCUUAGUGCCUUUUGCUGAGCGCGGUUCGAUCUACAGCUAGUUUCCAUUCCAUUGCGACCCAACAUAAGCUAAGGGUUUGAUGACAGUUGGGUUACUUAAGAUUUAGGUGUAUGAUUGAACGUAGCACGGUAAUGGCAGACUUGAAGUAAGAAUGUUCGUGAUAUAGAAAUCAACAAUGGUCUAAAAUAAUUAGAUAAGGAACUGCCCAGGGAAAUUGUGCGUGGGCGUUUGGGUUGGAACAUCUUGUGAUGUUGCGUGAUGUGUCAUUCGUUCCGCAAAUAGAACAUGCGUGCGGGUGUAAAUUACAGAAUUGUUGAUCGGGGUAUAAUAGGAAACAGCUGUUAAAAUCGAGUUGACAAGAAAUAGCUUGGCAUUUUCGUAAAUCACGAAUAAGUAAUGUCAAUCUUGGAUUCCGUAGUUUAGGCGUGUAUUUCCGUUGUAAUAGCAAAUAAAUAGAACCAAUUUCUUGUAAAAAAAAAAAAUCGAUAUCGAUUGAAUGUAGAAAGUUCAGAUAUUGUAU